CUCGUCUUUAAACGUCAGCUAGCAUUGACGGGCGUCAGGAUGGCUCUCACCUCUUGCUGGUACCUACGUCCUCGGUGCACAACGAGAAGUUGCGGAAGGCAUCGCACGCGACAGGCACGCUCAUGGACUCCGAGUCGAUCCCAUUGACACCGGCACUGAAAGCGCAGGAAGAUCGGGACGAGGAAGAACACGAGGACAUCGAGUCGGCACCGCUGAUCGUGGGUUCUGAGGAAGAGGCGAAUAUGGGUUCAGACGAACAGUACACAAGGGCCGAGGGGCGAGAGGGGGAUACUGUGGCGUUGAUUGGGGCGGUGCUCUUCGCGGGUGCGUUGGUGAUAAUGACAUGGGUGAUGGUUUUUUUGAAUAAUCCAAUGAGUCUCGGGUGGUUCUUCUGGCAUCCGACGCUGCAAAGCUUGGCAUUCGGAGCUUUCACAUAUGGCAUCUUGACUCUUCAGCCGACCAUGCAGCCCAAGACGAAGCUCGCAGGAUUGCGCCGUCAUCAACUGAUCAUGCUUGCUGUCGGAUUACCUUCCAUCACUCUAGGAACGUUUGCAAUAUGGUGGAAUAAGCAUAUCGGAUCAGCACAUCAUGCUGCCACUUGGCAUGGCCUACUAGGAUACAUCACAGUAGGCUGGCUCCUCCUUCAGGUGCUUCUUGGUGGCGGGAGUGUCUGGUUCAAUGGGCGUCUCGUUGGCGGGAAUCAUAGAGCAAAGCUAGUAUGGAAGUACCAUCGACUUUCGGGUUACCUACUUUUCCUGCUAUUGUUACUCACAACACAUCUUGGUGGAGCGUGGUCCAACUGGGCAGCGGUGAAUAGCCCCCUUGUUGUGCGAUGGAUCGCGUACAUCAUCGCACCGGUGGUGAUCUUGGCGGCGAUCCUGAUGCGAAUAAGAUGGUUAAAAAUGAGGUUGCUGUAAUAUGAUAUCGUAUAUAUAGAUCACUUCUGAGACGACCGAUAUCCUCCCUAUCCAAUUGGGCCGGCCCCGCACCCCACGGC